AUGUCCACAAAGCCCGGCCCGCGCCUGAACGCGCAAAACAUCAAUCCCAAUGUCGUCGCCGCCCAGUACGCUGUCCGCGGCGAACUUGCCGUCAAGUCCGAGGAGUACCGAGCGAAGCUCGCCAAGGGCGACAAGGACCUUCCUUUCGACCAGGUCAUCUCCGCCAACAUUGGCAACCCCCAGCAGCUCGACCAGAAGCCCAUCACCUUCUUCCGACAGGUCCUGAGUCUCAUGGAGAACCCCCUGCUGCUCGAGCACAAGGACGUUCUCACGAACCAGCUGGGCUACAAGACCGACGUCAUUGAGCGUGCCGAGUGGUUGCUGAGCAAGGUCGGCUCUGUGGGCGCCUACAGUGCCAGUGCCGGCGUGCCUGCGAUCAAGGAGAGCAUCGCCAAGUUCAUUGAGCGUCGCGAUGGCUUCCCUGCCGACCCCUCCAAGAUCUACCUCUCUGGCGGCGCAUCCUCGGGCGUCAACACUCUGCUCAACGUCAUCUGCGCCGGCCCCAAGACGGGCGUCCUCGUCCCCAUCCCCCAAUACCCCCUCUACACCGCCUCUCUCGCCGUCCUCAAUGCCACCUGCGUGCCGUACUACCUCGACGAGGCCGCGGGCUGGGGCACCGACCUCGACACGAUCCGCACCGCACACGCCAAGGCCAAGGAGGCCGGCACCGACGUCCGCGCCCUCGUCGUCAUCAACCCCGGCAACCCCACCGGUGCCUCGCUGCCCGAGGACAACAUCCGUGCCAUUCUCGACUUUGCGCGCGAGGAGAAGCUUGUCGUGCUCGCCGACGAGGUCUACCAGACCAACGUCUUCGAGGGCCGCUUCUACUCGUUCAAGCAGGUGCUGCGCGCCCUGCAGUCGGAGAACAAGGACGGCAAGUUCGACCACCAGGAGCUCGCGUCCCUGCACUCCGUCUCCAAGGGCAUGGUCGGCGAGUGCGGCCACCGCGGCGGCUUCUUUGAGCUCGUCGGCUUCGCCCCCGAGGUCGAGGCCGAGAUUUACAAGUUUGUCUCCAUCACCCUCUGCGCCCCCGUCGUCGGCCAGUGCAUGGUCGAGCUCAUGGUCCGGCCCCCCGUCGCCGGCGAGCCCUCGUACGAGCUCUAUGACCGCGAGUACAGCCGCAUCUUCAACGGCCUGCGCGAGCGCGCCGUCGCCCUCCACAAGGCCUUUUCCGACAUGGAGGGCGUCGAGUGCGGCACGCCCCAGGGCAGCAUGUACCUCUUCCCCACCAUCCGGCUGCCCGCGCGCGCCGCCGAGGCCGCCGCCAAGGAGGGCCGCAAGGCCGACGAGUUCUACUGCCUACGCCUGCUCGAGGCCACGGGCAUCUGCGUCGUGCCCGGCAGUGGCUUUGGCCAGAAGGAGGGCACCCUGCACUUCCGCACCACCUUCCUGGCGCCGGGGACCGAAUGGGUCGGUCGCAUUGUCGACUUUCACAAGAAGUUCAUGGACGAGUUUCGUUGA